CAUUUACUAACGUCCAGAACCCGGUGGUUGAGUUUCGGUUGGACACCUAAUGGGAUCUUCAUAUUCUCCAUUUUCUUUUCUUGAAACGAAUAUUCAAUUCAUUUUAGCGUUAUAAUAUUGGUAACUAAUAAUAAUUAAGAAUUAACGUAAUGAUGCGUAGAGCGUGUGACGCCCACUUUCAUGAAAAUUGAUUAAAUCGAAUUUGAAUCGGUUCCUUCUUUUGCUUUUUGGGGUGGGGAAAAAAAGGAUUAAUUAAUAAAUAAAAGAGACAGAGGCUUGGGUUUGGCGUUUUGGUUGUUUGGUAGGUAGCUAUUGUUUUUAUUAGUUUUACUAGUCGUCUCGUUCCUUUUUCCCUCCCCCGCCCCACAGCCACAGCACAGGCUGGAUUUCCUUCUCUCCCAACGUUUACUUUCCCUUUUACUGUGGUGUGUGGUGUGGUGGGUUGAAAUGGAAAAGGAGCCGCCUUUGAUGACAAGCAUUUAACCUUUCACAGCCACUUUUCCGCAUAAUUUCUUUACGGAUUCCUAAAGAAGAAGGAGAAGCAGAAGUUAAGACUUAAGAGAAGAGAAGAGGAACCCACGACAAGUUUUGGGUGGGUUUGAGUUUGACCUCUUUGCCGUCAUCUCUCUAUGUGGCUGGUUGCGUCCUGAUUUGGCUUAUUUCAGAGGAAAAAAGACCAAAUAAUUCAGCAGUAACAGAAACAAGUUCAAACAGAAGAAGAAGAAGAAGAAGAAGAAGAUGAUGAUGAGGGAGAGAGAGAUGUAUCCUGUUCCCAUGCCUCCUAACGAUCCGUCUGCUACUGCUCAUCCCGGCGCCAGCGGCGAUGACGUUGAUGACCAGGACAAGGAUCGCCCCAGAGUUUAUCAGGCUUGGAAAGGGAGUAAUAUAUUUGUUUUCGGUGGAAGGCUUAUAUUUGGACCAGAUGCAAGAUCACUGGCCCUAACCAUGUUGCUGAUUGGUGCUCCUGCUGUUGUUUUCUGCAUCUUUGUGGGACGCAAGUUAAUGGACGAUUUCCCUCAUCAUUCAGGGAUAUCAAUACUCGCCAUCGUUUCUUUCUUAACUGCUCUCGACUUGGUAUUUCUUCUAUUAACUUCAGGUAGAGAUCCUGGUAUAAUACCAAGGAAUUCUCACCCGCCAGAGCCAGAAGGUAACGAAGGGCUUGCACGACUAACCCCACCAUUCCGUUUGCCACGGACUAGAGAUGUUCUUGUCAAUGGGAUCGUUGUCAAAACCAAGUACUGUGAUACUUGCAUGCUUUACAGGCCACCUCGAUGCUCUCACUGCUCCAUAUGCAACAACUGUGUUCAGAGAUUCGACCAUCACUGCCCUUGGGUUGGCCAAUGCAUUGGAUUGCGAAACUAUCGGUUCUUCUACAUGUUUGUAUUCACUACAACUGUGCUCUGCUUGUACGUACACGGGUUUAGCUGGGUGUACAUUAGACGGAUAGCAGACAGUGAACAGAUAACAAUAUGGAAAGCCAUGACCAAAACCCCAGCCUCCAUUGCACUUGUAGUCUAUACCUUCAUUUCAGUAUGGUUUGUUGGUGGUCUCACUAUGUUCCAUACCUACCUCAUCAGCAAAAACCAGUCCACUUACGAGAAUUUUAGAUACCGGUACGAUGGUCUCCCAAACCCAUUUGACCAGGGUGUUGUUGAGAACUUCAAGGAGGUUUUCUUCUCAAGGAUUGCUCCAUCGAAGAACAACUUCAGGGCAAGAAUUCCUAAGGCAGUACAAGUGCCGCCUAGACUUGUAGGCGCUGGGGCCAGUUUGGGCAAUGUGGAUAUGGAAAAGUCAUCCGGGGACCUAGACAGGGGGAUGAAGCCAGGAUGGGAUGUAUCUGAUAGAAGGGAUGAUUAUGAGGGACCUGGGAGAGGGGAUGGCAGUCUCGUAGACAACAAUGGUGGUGACUCGUACGGUGAUGAAGAUGAGGAUGCUUCUUCUUCUCCAGACUUCAGUCGGAUGCUUCCUGCACAAAGCAUGGAUGGGCGGAGCGUGUUGCAUUCCAGAAGGUCUAGUUUGGGAAGGAGAAGCGGUAGCUUGGACUUACCGCCUGAUGUUCUUGCUUUCGCGGCAGCCACAGCUGGAGGUGAGGAACCACAGAAGCAGGUGGCCGGUGAAAGUGACCACGACAGUAUGUUGACACCUGAGAUCCAACGGUCUCAGUCUCAAACGAAGGAGGAAGAGAGGAGAAAGUAGAAACUCAAUGGAGUAGGAUAAUGAAGCGGAAGGCAAGGUAAGAAAUGUACAAAACUGGCAAAGAGAGGAAAAUGAAAGAGCAGGCCAAGCAAACGAAGGAAUGUGUUGAAAACUAUGUAACUAAGGGUUGGUUUUUUGUGCAGUCGUGUCGAACCACUGAUAAUUGUUUAUUUGGGCCCCUUUCUUUCUCUUCUCCAUUAUUGUGGCAUUAUUCCAACACUUUUGGCUUGUAAGUAAUUUGCUUCCACGAUGCCUUGGAUGCCUGGAAACGGACUUAGGAAGUUAUUGUGGGGGUUCCUUUAAUGGGAGAGAUUGUUCCUCGUCUUUGCCAUCACAGUGUGUAAGUAUUUGGUACUUAAAAAGCUGCGAAAUCUGGCGGCUGGGGUUCUGUAAUACCAUGUAUUUAUACUUUAAUAACCUUUUGAAAGCAGACAAGUGUAACUUGGAAGAGGUUUGGUUGAACAGAGUCGUGUUGCUGUUCUUGAAUCUUCCAAGGAACCAUCUACCAUUGCCCGGGAAUCAUGGAUGAUUAUUGGUGAAUCAUGAUAGCCACAAUCACAAAUGAAACUUGUUUUCCAUCACAAUAAUAUUGUUGGGAUUUGUUUUUCGUUGAACUAUUGUCGGGAUUUGUCUCGCAAACUUGUGAUAGUAAGAUUGAAGCUUUGAAAACAAAGGCUUACUUAACUUCUUCAAUGUUGUUUUCAUCUGCCUCAAUUUCAAUGAUUCAUUUUACUUUAUUUUGAUUCAUAGGCUACAUUGGAAGGAGAAGUUCAUAAUUAGCGGCUUGAGACGGAACUAGUUAAUGCCUGAGAUUCAGAUGUAAUAAGUGUACUUUGUAAGUUUGGGGUUGGAUUUGUAUGUUUCUCCUUGAGCUUCUAAAAGUGCAGAACUUUCAGAAUUGAAGAAGGGAGCAAUCUGGUGAAUGAUGAAGCAAGGGUGGCGGUAAUUGGUUUGCAAAUUGCAAAUCAUCAUCACAUCUACUUUACUCAAUCCGUGAACCAAUCAACCUAUUUUGGCCCCAAGACAAACACAACCCAUAACCGAACCAUGGCAAGGCUAGAAGAUAAAAGAUUUAAGUGGGAAUAGCAUUCUCAAUCUCCAAGACUGCAAAGAAUCACGAUUGAUUGCUUUCCAAAGGUCACCAGGUUACUAAUUUGGUAUUCCUGCCCUAGCUACUUUCUUCUCAAGGCCAGUGACUGGUGAGCGUGCUACUUUAUGCCAACAACUAAUUGCAACAAGAGUAGGUAAUGCAACAUAUCAAUUGAACUUCAAGAGCUAUAGUUCUCGAUUAUCUGAACGAUCGACAUCCAUGUAAUUGUAGUACAACGCCAAAACGGAUAGAUGGUUCUCCAGAGAAAAAGGCACUUGUGCUCUAAAAAGACUCGGAGACAUGAGAGAGCUAAUUAGUCCCUCGACUCACUCACUGCAUGGACUGGAAACGCUUCAUGAUGAUUAGGGUCAAGUCCAAGUACCGCUGAGCACAGUUGGAAAGGCAAGCUGAUUCGCCUGAGCUAAACUUGCUUCCGGGUGUGCUAGUUAUGCACUUAUCCCAGCACACGCUAGUGAGCUUCGCUACCAUCUCAUUCAUCAUGGCUCUUUCCUUUUCUUGCUGCAAUUCAAAACCAUAACAAAAAAGACAUCAGUAAUUCCCCCUCCCCUCGCCCGAUUAAUCUCACGUCAGAAUCAAUACAAACAAGCAGAAUACUCGACACACAGACACCAAGUUUCUAAGUCCAGAGAACAGCUUAGAGAGUAGCUCAUGCAGUUGACAAAGGGAAAAACCAGCAAUCCAUAGAGCAACCGAUACGUGGACUAAAUUAAGCACUGCGCAGCAGCUAGUCUCUUCUAACCCUAGUAAAUUCAACGCCGGAUUCUCUUUUCACAAUUUCUGGAGGCAUUAUGCAAAGGCACAGACGAGAAAGCGACGAUCAACAGAGGUCAUAAUAAUCUCUGAAGCAGUAGGACCCAUUGGAUUCACAGCAAUUAUGGUCAACAACGCCAAAUUAGAACCGAUACAGAAAGAAACAAUUACGAAGAAAUUAUGGACACCAAGAGGAAAAAGAAAGAAGCUAUAAGGCUGCUGGGGGGGAGACUAAAGUUCGCUUACAUUGAGGAAAUGCUGUAAUUCAGCUGUAUUGAGGGAUGAAGGAUCCAUUGCCUCUGUCUCCGAUGGUGUGUGUUGAGGGAUCAGGAUUCUUCAAAACCUCACUCGACUGCUGCAGUUCUGAGAAACCCUAACUAACAAAAACCACUAGAGAAUAAGGAGAAGAAGCGACCGCCCCGCGGAAUUAGAACCGCGACUGAAUGAAGGGUAUGGCAAUGG